UCAAAAAAAAAAUAAAACCUAACUCUGCUUUCUGGGAAUGGUCUAAUAUGGUGGCUGUUUGAUCAGGACUCACGUCCAACACAAAAUAUUCCUACCCGUUUCAGUGUUAACAUUUCUAUCCCUUGACAUUUUCAAAGGAUUUAUCUUGACAGCGAGAUUUGGAUGCUGUUACUAACUGGAGAGUCCGUAAGUUCUGUGUAAUGCCCACUUUUGUCAGUAAGCGAUGGAGAACACUCUUCCCUGUGCACAUAUCCCACCAUUAAUUACUGCUGACUCCACAGCAUCACCUGGUAUCAUUGAAAGAUGUAGUUUAUACCAAAGGAUGGGCAACUCUACAAAGGAAGCUGUGGGGAAUAGUGAUUAUGAUAACAGCAUAGAAGAUGAGGUGAUUGCUACAAGUGAGAAUGGCUUGGAUAAUUCAAAUUUUGACUUUUAUUCUUUGCCUCAGAGCCAAACUGAUGGCAUCACCCCAGCAAGCAUUUUAGAUAGCCACAGUCGCUCCCAAAACAACAACAACAACAAUAAUCGCAUUAGUUAUUACAAUAACAACAGCUCUUUCGAGGAUGAAUGUAGCAGUGCUGGUAGAGAAAGAAAAAGCGAUCCCCAAAACUUCCAUGCCAUAGGUGAUUUUCACUCUAAAAACCCUGUUACAGAACCAUCAUGUAAUGGAGCUAGUGGUAACUGUGAAAUCUCUUUGCAUGAUUCCUUACCUUCCCUGGCAAGUACAGAUCCAAACCCAGGAAUUGUACCAAAAUGGCAAAGCUGCUCACCUCUUCAACCUGUCAGUGCCUCAAACAAUGAAAACUGUGAGACAGUUGUUAACAAUUUGCAGGCAGCACGGCCAAAAGAAACCAGUAGCGAUCCAAACCCUUCUUACCAUUACCAUCUUCCCCGAUAUCACAGCCAGAACCACCAUAGUCAUCAUCAUCAUCAUCACCAUCACCAUAGCCAGCAGCAGAUCAAUAUCCCUGUCCAUAACAAUUACAGUACUUCUGAUAACAGGCGAAACACUUUCUCUUCGGUGAUCCAGAAAGAUAGCUCCACUUCAGUGAAGUUGCACCAACCAAAGCUAUCGAAAUCAUUACUGAGUAAAAGUGAUACGAUUUCUUCCGCACAGAUGGCUGACACUGCUGCUGCCACUAUAACUACAAGCACUAUUACUACUACUUCAACAAUACCAACAACAAUGAUGCCUUAUAGUAAUUGCACCCUUUUCAAACAAGGCCCUCUGGUUCAAGUAAAUGGGCCUAUUAAUGGUAAUAUGCCUUGUUCCUCCAAGUGUUACACUCUUCAACAAACUAAUGGUCUCAUAAUGACUCCAGAUUUCAAGACCAUCACUAAGAUGUCCCAGCUGCAGCAUGUUGAGAAUCAAAACCAAAAGAAACAUUCGGCUGUUAGUGACUUGGUAAAUUAUGAAGGUAGCCUUGAUGUGGCUUCUGCAUCAAAAUCGGACUUGUUGAUUCAAUCAAAGUUGAAAAACGCCAAGCAACAACAGCACACGUGUAAAUCUUUAAAAUAUGAAAACAAUAGCAACAUGAUGAAUUCUGCCUCCGGUGCUGCAGGAACAGUUGUAUCUUCUUGUAUUAAUUGCAACAAUUGCACAAACACCAAUACCACCACUAGCAGUAAGUUAGUGGGCAAGAAAUGCAAAGCACUUUACAACUUGCAAUGUAAGUUUCAAAAAAACCGGUUCAUUUCUUCAUUGCAAGACUGCUGUCGGGCUUGCAACAGCUUUGAAGGUUGCUGUGGAUCAGGCGAGUCUUUUGAGUUGGAAACUGAACUUCUCUGCCCCAGCUACUCUUACUGUGAUCCAGACAAUGUUGUGCAUUAUAAUAAAGAUAAUAAUUAUAAGAGUCAGAUUGGGACUUGUGUAGAAGAGAGCUCUGCUACUGUUGGUUGUAGCAACACCACUUUAAACUCAAAUAACUUUCGCUCAAACAAUUUAGGUUCUUCAGGAACAGGGUCUAUAGACAAUCGGGAAGAAGAUUUUGGAGAUUUUAUUGAAGCAGAUUUUCCCCCUGUACAGACUAGCCGUCUCAUGUCAAGUUCUACUGAUUCCACAGAUUCAUCUUCGUCUCUGACCAGUAGUGACAUCAAUGAAACCAAUAACCAACAGAUUGUUGCUAGUAUAAAUGACAUGGCAAUAUCAAGCCAUGAACCCAGUUAUAGCCAUUUUCCUAAUAGUAAUUAUUUUAAAAAUUGUGAUCAUAAAAAGCACAACCAACUCUCUUUUCCCAGUCCCUCAAUUAGUGCUUGCAAUAACUCUAAGUGUAGUGAAAAUAGCUAUGUUGGUUUGACUGGAUUUGGUGAUAGUAAUAGUGUAAAGCGUGAACCUGGUAGUUCUGUGAUAAAAUGUACUGAUGUCCUGAAAGUUUCUUCUUCGUUACUGUCAUCAUCUCCUUCUACUCAGUCAUCUCCAUCGACAUCUCCCUCUUCUGCCACCUCCCCUCCUACAUUGUUAUUAUGUACCAGUGAUAACCAUCUGCAAAGCAACUGUCUAAAGAAACCUGCAAAAGAAGUUGGGUGCUCUGAAAACAGCCAUGACAGCCACUCAAUCCUUGAUGGUGGUGUCAAAAUUCCCCAGUGCCAUAACUCUUUCACUGCAAUGCAAUUACCAUUAAGUGGAGCAACAAACAGCUGCCAAACUUCUGAUGAUGCUGUGAUGUCUCCAGAAGUAGAUUUCCUUGAUUUUGACAUUGUCUCCACAACCACCCCAAAUUUAGACUCGGAACAAAAUUUGAAUAGUGCUGGCAGUUCUACUAGUGCAAUGGACAUGGAGUUUCUUGAUUUUGACUUGGCCUCCACUACCACCCCAAACUUAGAGCAAAACUUGAACAGUGCUGGUAGCUCAACUGGUGCAAUGGGCUUUGAGUUUUCACUGAGUGAAAUCCCUUAUGCCGAUGAUGUUGACUCUGCUUGCCCCAGUCCGACAGGAGAUUUGCUCCAAAUGAAUUCUAAUGGAUCAGCUCCUUCCAAAACGCAAUUAACAAAUUGUGCUACAAACGAUUUGAGUGCAUCUAGCAGCAACUCCAAUCUGUCUGCUCUUGAAGAUCCAACACUGCCACAUAGUCAUUCUAAUUUCCAAAACCAUCACAACAUGACACAGAGAUGUUUCUCCAAUCUAAAUCUUGAUGAUCAAGAUGAUGUGUCAGUCGGUUCAGAAGAAAGUGGUUCUCAUGACAGCAAUGAAAUAGGAGAGGCAGAUGAUCAUUGCCAUUUAGUUUCUCUUUGUCUUUCACACAAUGGACAUCAAAACAAUUUUCUGUCAUCUCCAAGUUCACCUACUAGUGAGGACAGUGAUUUCCGUGAUAUUCCCAGUACACAAGAACCAAUCUAUGAAGAUAUCGACAGGGUCCGAUUAGACAAAUGCACUGCUGACAGUCCUGGUGACAAAUGCUGCUGCACCUCUGCUUCCGACACUGAUCACAAGACAGACUCGCAUGCUUUAAAUAUGCAGCAUACUAGUAAGAAGAACCAUUCUAUGAAGUCAAGAAGAUCUAGUGUAGAACGUGUAAUGAUUUGGGAUGAAAACCAAGCUUACCAUAGACAAGUGAAACGGUCAGAGACUGAAGUUUCCGCAUGUGGCCCUAUUGCUGUCCUUAACAUGUUGAAUGCAUUUAAUAUCUUAUUGGACAAACCUAAAGUAUUAGAAAAGGCUCCAAUCAAUUUGAGAGACUCCACAGCUCCAAUUCCACAGUACUUAUUUUCUAGAGCAAAAGCAGGAACUACUGCUGAGGAUUUAAUCAAGUUUGUUGAAUCUUUGACAAAUGGAACCAUUAAAGGGAGAUUUUUUGAUUUCUAUCCACCCCGUGAUGUUCAAGUUUUGAAAUGGCUUGGAGAAUGGAUUAAAAAAGAUGCAGUACCUAUUGCUACUUUAAAUAUCCAAAAGGCAGUUCAACCAGGUUGGGCGAUCCCAGACUCCUGGCAUCAUCAAAUGAUCUAUGGUGUUAGUUCAAAGGGUGCUUACAUGACAAACCCUUUGAAGUUGGUGAGUGGAAAACAUUUAAUGCAACAACUAACAAGUGAUAGGGUUCUGUUGAUCAAGCGACAAGAUAUCAUCAGCCGUUUCCAGGAAGACACGAACUUGUCCAAUUUAAUGUGUCAUGAUGAACCCCUUCGGUGGAGAACCAUGAAUGUAUUAGGUCAAGUAGUCAACGUACUCCGUGAAGCUAGCAUGCCUCGCGUCCCUGGCUACCGACCACAACUUACUCAACACAUCCGCAUUCCAGCCGCCUAUCGUGCUGGUAUCACUCUCUUUGUGCGUGCAGACAUGGAUGUGUAUCACCAUUUAAAGCGUGUCCCGAACCUGCCUCUUCAGAUUAACCUUUCACGAGAAUUGCUGCCGCUCAGCACUGAAGACAGUAACGGCAUGGACGACCUGAACAGCUGCAAUAGCAGUGGCGGUUGCAGUAGCGGUGGCAGCUGCAACCAAAGAACAAGUAAAAUUGAUGGUUGUGAUGGUAAUGAUAACUGUACAGACUUUAACAAUGAAAGCUCUGACUCUGCCACGUCAACACUAGCUCUUCCUUCCCCUCCUCCUGUAAGCAGUACUGCAGCUGCUGCUGCUGCUUCUUUUGUGUCCUCACCAAUCACACACCUCCAUGAUUACACAACAGGUAGACAAAGAUAUCUUGUACAUGGUUUCUCGCAUAGAAAUAAUGUUUAUGUCCAUUAUUUCAAAAAUUAAGGUCUGCAUUAUUCCCUUGUUGGACAUCUUGUUUGCAUGCAUCUUUCAUAUACUGUAUGUAUGUAUGUUACUAUGGCUAUGUUUGGAUGUCUUAUGAUUGCAGCAAUAAAUAUAUUAUCUACCUGGCUUUUGAGGUUUGAAUAGAUUGACUUUACUAUAUUCAAACUAGAUAAAAAGAAGAAACAAAAUGUUCACAGUGGCAAUUUAGUUUUCAGCUGUUUGUUUGUUGUUUUUUUUUUAACUCCACUUUCAGUUUUUUUUAAAAAUCUUCUAAACUAAUUUCUGUAUCCUAAUUAGUAUUCCUUAACACUUGUUGAAAAUGGAAAGCUAAGAUGAAUGAUACAAAAUAACUACUAAAUCUACUACAAUCCAAGAAACAAAAGCUACAACCAAAGAUGUAAACUAAAUUCCUGGAGUUUCCUUUUUUUUUUCUUUUUUUUUUUAAACUUCUUAACAAGUAUUUUAAUUCAUCUUUAUUUGUUAACUUGUUAUGUUUUUAAAACCUAGUUAGUUUGGUUGACAGUAUCUUUUGAUUCCCAACCCACCACCUCUUAUUGUAUACAGUUUAAAACUAUGCAAUUGUUAUCAGUUGUUGGUAACAGAAGUUUUACCAACAACUGAAAUACUCUAUUGUAAAUGUGCAAUUUUCUGCUGUUCCAUAAGAAAAAUCUAUCUUUUAUUCCUAAUUUUUCAUUUUAUUUUCUUUUAAUUUUGAUCUUUUUUUUUUUCUUUCUCCCCUGUGGUUAAUUCUAAAAAUGAAUAUUGACUGUGAUAGAAAAUGUUUGCUAAUUAGUGCUUAUCUCUUUUGGAAAUAUAUAUAUCAGAGAAGGUACAUAUGUAUAGCAAAUGUUCAAUUUAUCCUUUGGCCACUACAGCCAAAGUAAGGCCCCUGAACAGCCUAUAAGUAAUAAUAAUAAUAGUAAUGAUAUUAUAAUAAUAAUAAAGACAUUUGCAUAGAGCAACAUUAAGGAGAAUUAAUUAAUAACAUAAUAUGGAUUUUUAAUUUAACAUUUUAAAACUUUGCAUUGCUACUAAAAUCAAUUCAUGUUAUGGUUUCAGAGUUACCGUUUCUUGGAGUCAGUUCUUGUCUGCAGCAGUGGCACCCCACUUAGAUUUAUUCUCUUAGGUUAGAGAACAAAGUAUUCAAUGUUCACUGCUAAAUUAGUGUCCAUCAACAGGUACAUUAAUCUGAAAAUAUAUUUAAUUAGUUGGGUUAAGUUGCUGUGAGUUCCAGACAAGCUUUUUGUAUGUAAGUAACCCACUGGCUUCAGUCCUUAAACAUUUGAUGGAUGAUAUACAAACAAAACUAAACCUACUUGAUCCUUUUGGUAUAAAUGUCCCUAAGACGGUCUCUGGCUCUACAAAACAAAAACUCCCCAUUUUAAACUGUUCGUAUUUAAAUAAAAACCUUCCAACAUAAUUUUAUAUAUAAAAGAAAAAAACUUUCAAUAACUAAUGUUCUAAAUAUACCUUAAUAAUGUAAAUUAAUUUUUUUUUUCAAUUCCUGUAAUUUUUUUCAUUAUUUUCAAAAUUAAUUGAAGCAUAUAGGGCAGUGUGUUUUGUUAGAAAAAUGGCCACAAAAGGGUAAUACAUAAAAUUUAAGUGAAAGCUAGCAGGUUUUGUUAGCUUUCCGUCUGUGCUCAUUGAAACCUGUAGUCCUGACAUCCUACACAAGAUGAUAGGAAUGAUGAUGCAUUAAGGCAGCCAACUUCGUAAUUUCUGUAACAUACUUCAAUAAACCAAACCACUUGAUUUAUGGUUUAAACACUCGG